AAUUAAAGUUUUUUGCAUAUUUGGUAAGGUUCUAAAAAGAAAAAAAAUUGGUAAGCGGGCAGCUGCCCCAAACCGGCAAACCCGAAGAAGAUCCAAGCGGGAAAUUAAAUCGCGCACCGCCACCGGCGAUGACCAUCGGCGGAGCCACCAAGAGGCGCCGCGGCCGACGGAAAGGCAAUAGGAAGAGACUCAAAACCAAGCCCCAAUCCAAGCUCCUCCACCCCCAAUCCAGCCACCACAAACACCUCUCCACAGCGAUCUCCACGCUCAUCUCCGCCACCUCCGCCACCCGCUCCUUCCUCCUCCGCCACGACCUCCACCUCCUGCCCUCCCAAACCCUAGCCCUAGAAUCACUUCUCUCCUCCACCUCUCGCUCUCUCUUCCACCUCCUCUCUCUCGUCUCCAUCCCCGCACCCCCUUCCCCCACCCCGCCCCUAUCCCCGCCACCUCAGCAGAACUGGUUCGACCGCUUCAUGGCCACCUCUCCCGAUUACGAUCCCCGGUGGGUUCAAUUCUUCAACCUCUCCAAGCCUUCCUUCACUCUGCUCCUCCGCCUCCUCACCCCCUCUCUGACCUCAUCUCUCCACCCCCUGCUCCCAAAUGCCGCCCUCGCUGCAACCCUCUUCCGAUUAUCUCAUUCGGCGUCGUUCUCCGCCGUCUCGCGCCGCUUCUCUCUCGACUCCCGGACUGCCUGCACGGCGUUUUACUCAGUCUGCAGAGCCAUUGUAGAAAAUCUCGGCCAUUUGUUUGAAUUCAACUCGGAUAUCAACAGAAUCAUAGUGGGGUUUGGGUGGAUUUCUCUGCCCAACUGUUGUGGCGUUCUGGGGGUUGAGAAGUUCGAAUUGGAAAGCGAUUUGAUCGGCGAAAACAGGCGUUUGCUAGUUCAAGCUUUGGUGGACUCGGAAGGGAGGUUCCUAGAUGUCUCUGCUGGCUGGCCGGGGAGCUUAAAACCCGAAGAUGUGUUGAAACGAUCAAAGCUGUUCUCCGGGGUUGAGGAGUCCAAAGAGUAUUUGAAUGGGCCAUCUUUCAAUUUGAACCCUAGCGAUGCAAUUCCUCAGUAUAUUUUGGGUGAAUCGUGCUAUCCGCUUCUCCCUUGGCUUCUGACACCGUAUGGUGGCAAGAAUAGGGAGUUGAGCUCUUCGGAAAUGGAGUUUAAUGGGGUGCAUUGUAAAGGUAUGGAGUUGGUGGGGACGGCGUUUGCCAAGGUUAAGAAGAAGUGGAAGCUUGUGGGGAGGAAAUGGAAGGAGCAAUGCAUCGAGGCUUUCCCCUUUGUCAUUGUUGCUUGUUGCUUGCUGCACAAUUUUCUCAUCAAGUGCAGCGAGGUGUUGCCGGAGGAGAAUGCAGAGGGUUGUAAGGAGACGGUGUUUAUGGAGUUUGAUGGGGAGGACAGUGAGAGUGGGAAGAGGACUCGGGAUGCACUCGCUUCACACUUGAGUCGGUCUAACCAGCAAGAUAUCAGACCAGCAAGGCCUGCCUCCUGCGGCUGAGAGAUGUCCAUUUCUCGUCUCUCCAGAACUCUCAGGAACUCGUCCGAACUCAAGCUCCCAUCCCGGUUCAGAUCAAAGACAUAGAACACCAGAUCAACCACUUUGUCGGAGAGGGAGAUGCCACAAACCUUCCACAAGAGUUUUGGAAUCACUAAGUGAGAGAAUAACAGCAGGUUAAAUCUAAGAGAGAAGAGGGAAUAGUUUUAUACUUGAUAAGCAGCUCUUUUGAAAUCCUGCUUCGACAGUAGGCCGUUCACUCUGCCAUAACUGAAGAGGGCUAUAGAGAAUUGCUCCAAUCUUUUCCGAAGCAUUGCGAAAUUCGCGAAUUCUUCAAAUGUUACGCGCAGGUGUCUGAGGGAGGGAUCAUUGUCUAGCUCGUCGGCUUGAUCAAGAAACUUGUCUAUGUAUCUCAUGUCAGCAGAUGCAACCAUUGAUAACACAAAAUCUUUGGCAGAGAUACUCCCUUGUGACUUGAAAUCAUAAUGUGCAAACUCCAAUCUCAGCAUCUGUUGAUAGAAAGUGCGUUCAUCACAUCAUCGUCUGUGCAGAUACUGAUGGGAUAUGAGUUGAAGGGCAUCGCACGAAAAUUACAUCAAGCAUGUACCUGUACUACUACACUAAGUCACUAACCCACGGAUUUUGCGACUGGCGACAAUUGGAUGUAAAACAGUGGGUCCAACUGCUGCCUGUCGCAAAAUCAAAGGGUUAGUAUAGUACAUAGGCAUGCCUGAUGGAAUUUCCCGGGCAGUCAUACCUCAUUUUGCAAGUCUCUCAAGAACUCUACGAAUCUGUCGUGUUCGAGGCGUCGAGUCCCGUCUUUGCCGAAGAAGUACUUGACGAGACCCCCUUCCUCCACAGAACCCGAAACUUUCAUCCCGAUCCUCAUGCCAUCUCUGUGUGAAGCUCCUU